CACCCACUACCUUAUCAACUUCUUAAUAUCCCUUGUCAUUUAUGAAUGCUAUUAAUCCAUUUGGGUUGUCAUAGUCAACAAUAAACACCAUAUCCUCCCUACACAUUUCCUUCCAAACACUCCCUCUAAUUUCUCUUCCUCCGCCAUUAACAAGAACAGAGCAUGAACUUCCAUUCCAUUUUCACCCUUUUCUCCCUUCUUCUCUUCUCUUUCUUCCUCUCUUCUUCAGAAGGAGGUUCCAUUGGAAUCAACUAUGGAAGAAUAGCAAACAAUCUUCCAUCAGCAACCAAAGUUGUUAAACUUCUCAAAUCUCAAAACAUUAAUCGUGUCAAAAUCUAUGAUUCUGACCCAGCUGUUCUUCGUGCUUUCUCAAAUUCCGCCAUUAAAAUCACCAUUAAUCUCCCUAAUGAACAACUUCACUCUGCCGCUACUCGUCCUUCUUAUGCCUCUGUCUGGGUUCUUAGAAACGUCGUCGCUUACUACCCUCAAACCCUAAUUGAAUCCAUUGCUGUGGGUAAUGAAGUUUUUGUUGACCCAAAUAAUACUACCCGUUUUCUUGUACCCGCCAUGAAAAACAUCCAUUCAGCGCUUGUGAAAUACGGAUUAGACUCUAAAAUCAAAGUUUCUUCCCCAAUUGCACUUAGUGCUCUUGGAAAUUCUUACCCGUCUUCAGCCGGGUCUUUCCGUAUUGAGUUAAUUGAACCCGUAUUUAAACCCAUGCUUGAAUUUCUUCGAGAAACUAAGUCUUCUCUAAUGGUGAAUGCUUACCCUAUUUUCGCUUACCAGGCUAAUAGCGAUGUAAUUUCACUUGAUUACGCUCUUUUCAGGGAAAACCCAGGUGUGACAGAUUCGGGUUCGGGUCUCAAAUACUUUAACCUAUUUGAUGCUCAAAUCGACGCCGUGUUUGCUGCAAUGUCGGCAUUAAAAUACGAUGACAUACCAAUUAUUGUUACCGAAACUGGAUGGCCUUCAAUGGGUAAUUCCAUGGAAAUUGGAGCUUCAAUUGAAAAUGCAGCUGCUUAUAACGGCAACCUAGUUCGCCGGAUUCUUGCUGGAGGUGGUACUCCAUUGAAACCCAAAUCUGAACUAACUGUUUUCCUUUUUGCUCUUUUUAACGAGAACAAAAAACCCGGACCCGUAUCCGAGAGAAAUUACGGGUUAUUUUACCCGAAUCAGAAGAAGGUCUAUUCAAUUCCGUUAACAAUGGAGGAAGUAAAGGAUUGGAAAGACAGCGGAAAAAGUACUCCGGUGGAAACUCCGGCGAUGGGGAAAGUGACGGUAAAAGAAACGUGGUGUGUUGCGAAUGGAGAAGUGGGAGAUGUUAAGCUACAAGCGGGUCUAGAUUAUGCUUGUGGAGAAGGGGGAGCGGAUUGCCGUCCGAUUCAACCAGGUGCCACGUGUUACGAUCCUGAUACGUUGUUGGCUCAUGCAUCAUAUGCAUUCAAUAGUUAUUAUCAGAAGAAGAAUCGAGCUAUGGGUUCUUGUGAUUUUGAAGGAGCUGCUUAUGUUGUCACUCAAACUCCUAGAUUUGGAAAAUGCGAUUUUCCUACCGAAUAUUAAUUAGAACACUUAUAGCUUUUAACUGAUAGCUGAUAGCUGAUAGCCGAAGAAGCAUGCAAAGCACUUGGGUUAUAAAAGCUCUGGCUAAUAGCUACUCUAGAGCAUCAAUGCAUGUGGGUUAGGUACUUAAUUAGUUAGCCAUUCACUAGUAUAUUUAUUAAUUAUUAGUUGUAUUAUUUUAUUUUUUGGAAGGUUUAAAUUUGCUUUUUUUUAAAAUUUAUUGGAUGGUAAUAGUUGGAACUUGGAAGUUGGGAGCAGUUGAAAUUCUAUGUUUUGCUUCAUUGUAAUGUAAUUAAGGUGGUGAAUGUUAUAUUAAUGCAUCUACUUACUACUAGUAUUCCUUUUUCA